CGCCCUCAGUUUUCUCAACAUCGUUCGUAAUUUUUUAAAUAUUUUUGUGCUUUUUUUUUUCUCCUACAGCUUACAGUUCUUUUUCAGUUUACGCUUUCCUUACACUAAUGACUAAUUCCACGAUUACCUCUGCUUACAGCAAACGUUAUAUAAACCAAAGGUACAACAAGGCACUGCAUCUGGUUCAGCAUCUUCCGGCGUCAUCUGCUUUUCAGCCUACCAAAGAGCAAAAGCUGGAGUAUCCCAUGGAGAUAUCACUACACAACGACCCGGACUAUUCGAUAUGGUUGGACGAGCCAAAUGGGACGCCUGGAAAAAGUUGGAAGGCAUGACUACGCUAGAAGCGAAGCAUCGUUACGUGGAGACUUUACUUAGAGCAGCUACAGAGGCAUACAAGAGAAACGUCGGUAAAGCUCAAGCCCAGCAAAUUAUACAGGUGUUUGCGAUAAUGCGACCAUCGGGUGAUGAUGAUGAUAGCGACGAUGAUGAGGACGCUAAUAGUACCGAUGCCGGCAGCGUCCAAGAUGAAGAAUCGAGUAUCGGUUCAGCAGAUGCGGAAGAACAAGCGUAUUUGCGAGAUAUUCAGCAAAGUGCAGGACGAUUGACGCCUGCAUCACUGAACAAAGAUGAGGCAUACGGAUCACUUGACAGCCAUCCUCCACCUCGUCCUCCUUCCCGAUCAAUGCGGUCACUAGCCUCUCCUCGUUCCGCAACACCGCGAUCACCGUCGAUACGAGCCAAACGACAAUCAUGGCACGAAGGGCAACCUACCUUACGGGCUGCCUCCGUUAUAUCAGCCCAAUCUGGCCGAACAUCACUUGUCACUGCGGAGUCUUCUCUUUCCGCCGCACGACGACCCUCACGAUCUUUAGCUGUCAGUCCACGUCCUCCUUCAGCAGCAUCUCAUGAUAAACGUUUGCACAUGAUUUCCCAGCGCCUGGGGCGUGUGCUACCACGUGAAUCUUUAUUCGACGAAAAUUUUGACGAUACAGUCAAUCCCUGGGCACAGUAUCCCACACAAUCCAAUAAAGACGACGCCGCCUCCACAGCAUCAGCGCGUCCGUCCUCUGCAGCGAGUGGUAUGGCGACGAGGACGACCUCUCCACCAGCUCAGUUGACCAGCUCUGUUUUCCAAUCUCCUAUCCAUGGAUCGAGUACGUCUUCUUCGGUUACUGCAACAGCAUCCAAUGUGGCGGCGAUGAAUGCAGGUGGACUACGCUCACUAUCUUCAGGCACGGACUUGCGACCUCCUCCACAACGGUUUAUGGAGAAUCGAUCCUUAGCAGAUCCUCAAUAUACAUCGGUGGUCGCCCUUGGGCCUGCAACGAAACGCGCACUGGAAAGCUUACAAUCGGAAGUCAUUGCACUCAAUGAUCGCAUCGACGAGUUACGACAAGAAUUGAUCAAUCGUGAUCAUCGAAAGAUGAUGCGAGCAACAUCCAAUCACUUUACUUCUACCACUGACGACAGCGGAUCUGAAGACGAAGAAGACGAAGAAGAAGAAGCUAAAGUGUGGGAUAGCUGGCGUUGGGUGAUCAAGGCAGCCGGCAAACAUGCCGCUGUGAAUUUCUUCACUGCUUUACUCUUAUUCUUUAUUCUGUACAAAAGACAAAGCCCUAUUGCUUAUACCAUUCUAGCCCAGUUAUCGCGAGUUUGGCGUAGAUUUAAGCUCUCUAUAUUGUUUACAAAAGUGGUCGUAUAAAGAAAAUAGAACAAAUCGAGAAAUGUCAUGUGUCUGUGCGAUUAUCAUUGUUUUUUUUUUCUCCUAUAAAAACUGGCUUGAAAUAAUAUCUCAGAGGGUUUU